AUGGAAAUCCAUCCUUCUCGCGCGAAACAGAUUAUUCGCGCUACCGGGCAAAAGUUCGUUGGUAAAUGGAUUCCGAGGUAUAACUUGUGUGAUCAAUGUCGAAGAGUAAUUAAGGCGUUUCGAGAACAAGAAGUUUGGUUGGACUACAACUAUGGACGUCCCGAGAAGCUCCUAUCGAGACCCCGCUGCCAACUUUGCACUCUAAUUGCGAAACAUAUCGGUAACGAUGUUGCUGCAAUUCAGAAGAAGUAUGGUGUAGAAGGUAUUCCAAUUCUCACACUGGGUCUUGAAGAAUCUAGAGGUCACUUUUCUGCUUUUGGCGAAGAUCUGAAGUAUAGUAAUUCUUACGCGAUUCAAAUCAAAGUAGCGGGCCUCAGUUGGGGGUUUGUUAGGAAUAUAUCGGACAGCAACCUGCCUGGAAUUAGGAGAAUUCGUGCGGCCAUUGCUAAAGGUGCUCUUCCAAAGGAUCCUCGAUUUAAUUCUCCGGAUCAGAUAUCACCCCAACUCAUUCGCCAUUGGUUGUCCACCUGUGAGAAGACCCAUAAUUGUCGGCACGACAUGUCCGUGACCAGAUUACAUCCAGCGGGGAAGAAUAUGUCCUUGGACAUAUUCCUUAUUGACGUUGCUAGAAGUCGACUAGUUUCAGGACAAACGUCCUGGAGAUACUGUGCCUUGAGCUACGUUUGGGGGAACGUUCCAAUCUUCAAGACUACAAGAGCACGCCUCCAAGAGUUCAACCGCGCUGGGGCAUUUGACAUGAACAGUGUUGAGUUACCACAAGUGGUUCGCGAUGCAAUGAUAUUAGUGAACUCGUUGGGUGAGCGAUACCUCUGGGUAGAUAGCAUUUGCAUUGUGCAAGACGAUGCAAACCAAAAACACAACAGCAUCAUGCAGAUGAACCUAAUUUACAACAACGCGCUCUUGACUAUCGCGUCUCUGUCCGGAGUUACUGCCAACGAAAGCUUACCCGGAGUGCGAGCAGGGACUCGUUUCACCCAAUCUACUGCUUCGAUCAGCGGCAUGGAUAUCUUUAUUUCUGGACCAUCGUUAACAAAUGCACUUCGGACUUCUGAGUAUGAGACCAGGGGCUGGACUUUCCAAGAAAGAGUGUUGAGUAAGCGGUGCCUCUAUUUUUCCAAACAUCAAAUCUACUUCACUUGUGGACUUGGUACAUGGAGUGAGAGUGACCCUCUUGGAGAUUCGACAGGUGCCCCGGUUUUUCCCCAGACAGAAGCCGGAAUCUACCCUCAGGAUUAUGUUCUUGAUUACCUCAAUCCGUUGAGUUACGUAUUGCCAGGUAACUUAUGCGCAGAGGAUAGACGGGAUAACACACUUAUUGCCUACAAACGUCUCGUCAGUGUCUAUACCAAGCGACACCUAUCAUAUUCUUCGGACAUUCUGAAUGCGUUUUCAGGUAUCUUAGCAGCUCUUGAGCAGCCGUGGAAUACUCGAUUCAUCUACGGCAUUCCGGAUGCUCACUUCGGCAACGCACUUCUAUGGAAAGGAACGGACGGCUCGAUUACACGCCGAGGACAGGAUAGAAGAGGUCACCAAUUUCCCAGCUGGUCAUGGGUUGGCUGGAUCGGAAGUGUUGAAUUCGUGGUUGAAGAAUUGAAAUGCCAACUCCAAAUCGCAGAAAUUGUCACGAACUCAUAUCGCAGGAGCAUCGCAGUCAGAGAUAUCGGCGAGGAGGCUGAUUUUCAAACAUUACCUACGUGUAAACCCUCCUUGGUUGCUGCAGACUCCCCUGAAGCCCACGAAGUGAUAGCUUUGCACAUUCUUGCAUUUACAGUUCCAGCGGCUAUCAUCUGGACGAAAAUCUCUCUACCCCAAUAUGAACGCGACCGCCUCUUCGCUAUCACAGAUUGGACGGGCUACUUAGCUGUUCUUAUAUCAGCAUCAAAGAAACCUACUAGUAGUAGUAGAAAAAUAAGUUUCUUUUCUGAUUAUACCAAGAAUAACAUUGGACAUGUUAUGUUGAUCAAGGAAGAAGGAGACAUAUCUACUCGUAUAACGAUAGGUUCAAUCAAGCUAAAGGACUGGGAAGGAGAAGAUCCAACGCUUCAGCGGAUUCUACUUCAAUAA